AUGGCCAAAGCAUAUGCAGAGUUAUCUGGAGACUUCAUAAACACAUCACCAUCACUAUAUGUACACUUUGAUCAAUGUCGUUAUCUGUUUGAGUGUGGCGAGGGAUUGCCAAGAUACCAAUCGCAGCGCUUCCCCAUCUCACCGCCACACUUUACAUCGAUCUUUCUAUCAUCACUGGACAAUGACAGUAUCGGUGGUGUAAUACCAGUGAUUCAACGAUUUGAAGACAACAAGACUUUGAACAUAGUACAUAUCUUUGCUCCCGUGGGCAUCAUGCGAUACUUUGAACUAUACAAGACUUUUGUCAAUCCAUCAAAAACAGAGAUAGUCGUUCACGAACUGCCCACUGAUUGCGAGACCAAUGGUAUCGAGCAAGGUGAUCUCAAUCUGAUCGCUGUGCCUUUGGUGUCGUCAUCGUCUUCACCCUCAUCAAGUAGUGAACCAUACAUUUGUUACAUUGGCAGUACAAAAGAGUUUGUUAGACAGUUUCAAGCAGAGAAGGCGCGUCAACUUGGUGUACCUGAUGGUGUCCUACACAGACAACUCAUUCAAGGCAAGCCAGUCACCCUAUCAAAUGGCACCAUCAUUGAUCCCAGCCAAGUGAUGAUUGCACCAUCACCUCCAACUAACUUCGCCUUCAUCAGAUGUCCGAGCGUGGACUACAUUGGCUCACUUUUGAAAUCACCGACAUUCCAACGAUUCAAUGUGGAUCAUAAGGGAGAUGAGAUGAAGUUGGAGAUGUGUACAAUAUUCCAUGUUGUGCCACAUGAUGUAAUGAACUCGCCAGAGUAUCAACGAUUCAUUGCGAGCUUUGGACCAAACACCAAACACAUCAUCAAGAAUUGGGAGAGUUGUGAAUAUUUCUCAAACUCACCAAUCUUUGAUGGAUAUCUAAAUAAGUUGGCAAAGACUCUACCUGCAUUGUUUCCCUCAACAGGCUCCAGUGCUGUCAUUGCACAUACUCCCAAGCCAAUCACAAACAAUGGAAAUGGCAACAUCAUCCCUGCCAAACAACUUACACGUGUGGCAUUGGCUCCAGCACAAGACGCUGGCAAGAUUGAAUACCACACACUUCCAGAAGAGAAGAAGGGCAUCGAUGUCAAUGUCAAAGCAUCCCGCGAUAUUGGCAGUGUGACCAAAGCAAUCGAGCUAUUGGAGGCAUCAAAGAUCAAACAGGAAUACCCAAAGUUGUUGAUGACCGGCACUGGAAGCUCGAGUGCAUCGAUUUAUCGCAGUGUUGCUGGAUACCAUUUGUUAAUGAAGAGUGGCCAUAGUAUAUUGAUGGACUGUGGAGGUGGUACAUUGGGCCAAAUGACAAGGUUUUAUGGCCGCGAUAAAAUAGAUGACAUCCUGGCAAAGUUACAAAUAGUCUGGAUAUCACAUAUACACUCUGAUCAUCAUCUUGGUCUCCUUGGUCUACUUGAGCGACGUGCACAGAUAUUGAAACAACGAAGUGGAGGUGUUGGAAGUACGCCACUCGUAGUCAUUGGACCAAAGACAUAUGUACAAUUUCUACAAAAGAUGAAGAAUAUUAGACGAACAAUGAUGGUCGAACCGGUCGAGUUUGAGAAGAUACACGAGAGCAAGCUUGCUCAAGGUGCCAUGAAGAUGCUGGACAUGGCCUCAUUCGAGAGUGUACCCGUAGAUCAUUGUACAGACGCCUGUGGCAUCGUCCUUGAACUGCUCAAUGGCUUCAAGUUCACGUACUCUGGCGAUACCAGACCUUGCCAAAGUUUAAUAGACGCUGGAAUUAACUCUGAUUUGUUGGUUCAUGAAGCCACGUUUAGUGAUGACUUGGAACUUGAGGCAAAGAAGAGGAAACAUUCCACGGCUAGUGAGGCAAUUCAGGUGGCAAAGAAGAUGCAAGCCAAAUUCACUAUUUUGACACAUUUCAGCAAGAGAGAUCUUGAGUUACCAGAUGUUAGGGGCAACUUUGGUGUAGCAUUUGAUAUGCUACAAGUGUCGCCAUACCAACUGCCACUGUUGCCCUACCUUGUGCCACAUGCCAAAUCAAUCAAAUCUUCACAAUCCCAAGAGCCAAAGCGAGGUGUCAUAUAUGAGAUACCCAAGAAGAGAGUAUCACUUGGAUUCAAACCAAAGACAUAUCAGCAGCAGCAGCAACCAUUGGAUGCCGAGUCCAACAACAAGCCGCGUAACUUUAGCACAUCGACUGCGAGCAUGUGUAGGGUACAGAUUGGUAGUCUAAGUGCCGCGUCCCUAAGAUUACUACGACUUCUCAAGCAUUAA